CUCGCAGCGGAUUGGCUGAGCGGUCGUCAGUCGGUGUUUACAGGAAACAUGGCCUCCUUGUCUGUGGGUGAACAAGAAAUGGAAGUGGACCGGAGAGGGGAGUCUGAAGAAUCUGGAGAUGAUGAAACCAGGCGGAAGAGCAUCAAUGGUGAUGUGGACCCCAAUCAGCCCUCUUCCACAAGUAUAGAGGAGUCUCCCGUUGACAUGGACACUAUCACUUUGGACCCUGAGGAGGAGGAUGUUGAUCUUGUUCACUGUCGAAUUGGAAAAAUUGAAGGACUGGAAGUUCUACAGAAAGCUAAAACCCUUUCCUUGCGACAGAAUCUCAUUAAAAAGAUUGAAAACCUUGACAGCUUAAAGUCACUGUGGGAGUUAGAUCUUUAUGACAAUCAGAUCCGCAAACUGGAGAACCUGAACAGCCUUGUAGAGUUGGAACAACUUGAUGUGUCUUUCAACAUUUUAAGAAAAAUAGAAGGUUUGGAGCAGUUAACUCGGCUGAAGAAACUUUUUUUGCUUCACAACAAAAUUGGCAGUAUUGCCAACUUGGAUCACUUUGCAUGUCUUGAAAUGCUUGAGCUGGGAUCUAAUCGCAUACGGGUCAUAGAGAACCUUGAUUCACUUUCAUCCUUGCAAAGUUUAUUUCUUGGAACUAAUAAAAUUACAAAACUUCAGAACCUUGAGGGCUUACAUAACCUGACAGUUUUAAGUAUUCAGAGUAACAGAAUUACUAAGAUUGAAGGACUCCAGAACCUUGUCAGCCUGAAAGAGCUAUAUCUGAGCCACAAUGGCAUUGAAGUCAUAGAGGGAUUAGAAAAUAAUAAAAAACUUACAACAUUGGAUAUAGCUGCCAAUCGAGUAAAAAGGAUUGAAAACAUCAGCCAUCUGACAGAACUGCAGGAGUUUUGGAUGAAUGACAAUCAGAUAGAAAACUGGUCCGAUCUCGAUGAGCUAAAAAAUGCCAAGUCUCUGGAGACAGUUUAUCUGGAAAGAAACCCGUUACAGAAGGAUCCACAGUACAGGAGAAAGAUUAUGCUGGCACUUCCCAGCGUUCGCCAGAUCGAUGCAACAUUCAUCCGCUUCUGAACUCCAGUAAACAUGAAUUGACCUUCAAAUAUAACAAUGUUUCUUCACCUUCACCCGCCCAAACUACAAGACACACACUUUAUUUUAAAUCACAAGUCAUAUCUUCAGCACUUCCUACAGAUGUACAAUUCAUUCCUUGCUUUCUUCCACGGCAUACUAAGCAUACAUCUAUGCAUGUAUGUAUGUAUGUUCCCACUCAUACUGUACUAUUGUGUGGAAGUGUAUUUAAAAUGGAUGUUCAAAGUGGCAUAUCAAAUCACCUUUUUUCAUUUCUCUACAAUACACAUUUGCAUUUUUGUUUUGCAUGUUGAUAAAAAAGUGAUACCCAGAUUGUAUGAGCAAUUAUGCACUGGCCCGUAAGUAAAAAAUGAGACUCAGCACAACAUCCACAAUAUAAAAUGUAAACAGUAGGUGCCAAUUUAUAUUUUUUUGGUUCUUUGAGUGAAUUGGUUUGGGUUGGUGUGUAUACUAAUAUGGACAAGUCAAAACACCUUGAUAUUAAAAGGCUGAAUCAUUAAUAAAACAUUCUUAACAUUUUAAUCCAAUGCAUGUCAUUUAAAUGUAAUUAAAAACUUUCAAUUUCUGUCUUAAUUCACAGUCUUAAUUUUGAAAUUAAAGCUUAUCUACAGGAUGUUAAUAAAUCAGCUUUAUGAGAGGAUAUUGGUACAGUAUUAUUGUAAAUAGUUAGUGUACAAUUGUUCUUACAUUACCUAUUACUUAAAAUAAUGCAUUUCCUAAUUACUGCCAAUAAUAUAACUUAGAACUGGGGUGUCCAAACUACAGCUGGAGGCUGAAGGCGGCCCUCGGACCAAACUGACCAUCAGUCUAUGGCCCCCCGCCUGCAUAUGUUGUAGAAAAGGUUUGGAGACCCCUAAGUUAUCUACUUAAUCUUCAUAACCCGUAAAAGUAAUAUUUUAAUUUAUGCUCUUGCAUUAAUGCUUUUAUAAUUUAACAGUUUAACAGGCCUUCAUGAAAUGUUUCACCUCAGGGCUUAGAACCAUUUGUUGAGGAUAAAAUUAUUCAUCUUAAUUAUCAUAUUUUAAUUAAGGUUGAAAUACUUCUUCCCAUUUUUGCUCCCUAAUUAAUUAUCAAAUUGAAUCUGUUUGAAUUUUGUUUUGUUUAUGUGUAUGAAGUAUUGUUACGUUAACGCAACAUGUAUUUUUUAGGCUAUAUAUACAUAUAUAUAUACACACAUAUAUAUAUAUGACUUGAACAAACACGCAGGUUUAUUAUGUAAAUAGAGCUCUUAACCUUUGUCAGUGCUAUCAUCACCGAUUUGUAAAAUUAAAACUCUGUUAAGUUAAAGAUGCAUUAUGUCACUUUUGUGGGUAAUGCCAUCUCCUUGUCUCCAUGGCAAGUCAGUUACAUCUCCAUGGAGACAAGCAGGUGCCAAACUCCAGAGAAGUUACACAGUACACAAUUUAUCAUCCAAAUGAAAUUUAAAAUAGCCUUUAUAGCAAAGUUAUCAAGCCAAGGCCACUGGUUUUAACAGGGUUGAAAUUAUUUUGGAAAUGAAUGUAUUAUGCAAAUAAAAUCAUAUCACUUACCA